AUUCUCUUUUGGCCUUCUAAGGAAGAUCUCAUACAUUUAUAUUAAAAUUUCCAAGCCUUCAUAUUUAUCUAUUUCUCACCAAUUGAAAACCCCCACUCCAUAUUCUUAUCCCUCUCCUUCACUCCAACCCCAAACACAAAAACAGGGCAGAGCCCUCCCAAAGAACCAAAUACCCAUCAAAAACUACUCUUCCUUCCCUUCUCUCUCUACCCUUUUUCAUCUCUUCCUUCUCUCUUCCUCAAGGUAAUGCAAAAAAAAUUAGAUAUUUCUUCCUCUGUUUCUCUCUGUUACGGCUGACUUGGCUCUCUCUCUCUGUUUUCUGGAGGGUCGGAGGAGAAAUGGCGGAUUGCGGUGGAAACCAGAGCCUCUACGCUCCUCAGGAAAUCCAGGUGGCGAACAAGUACGGUGGGCUUGCACCGAAGAAGAAACCCUUGAUUUCCAAGGAUCAUGAACGUGCCUUCUUCGAUUCAGCUGAUUGGGCACUUUGCAAGCAGCAGCAAGGAGGAGCAGGGGAGGCUCAGAAGACCACGGUGGCAGUAGAAACCUUGCAACCUAAACUAAAGAGGACGCCACAUCAGCAACUGCCACCUAGAAGGCCAGCGUGUACAUCCAGCAGCCACGGGGAGUCGUAUUGAUUAGGCAGCGUUUGGGAGAUUGUCAAAUCGGAUGCGAGGCAGAUGGCUUUCGUGACUUUUGUAUCUCAGCUUCAAAUAUCCAUUUUGUAGAGGAAAGUGGGAAUUACUGUGGUACUAGUUUGGUUGGGGCUUUUGUCCAAUCGUUUGAGUAAUGAGUAGCUUUUUAAUAAACGUAUCAUGCGACCGUGGCCAUUAAUCUUAAUUAAUUAUUAUUAGUGUUACGUAACUUA